CCCAGCGGCGCCGUGCCAGCCGCUGCUUCCCAGCUGCAGACGCCCGCGAGCAGGUUGUUUUUAUGAGGCGUCACUGGCGUCUGGAUCCUGGACGCCGCCACGGUGACAACCGGCACGGUCGGGCGGAGGCGGCGUUGCCUUCGGGCCUGAAAAAUGUCUGAAAAUUCCAGCGACAGUGACUCAUCUUGUGGCUGGACUGUCAUAAGUCAUGAGGGUUCUGAUGUAGAGAUUGUGAACUCUGCCACAGCCAGUGACAGCUGUGAACAGGCUCUGGAAUGUUCCUCAUUAGAGCAAGAGGAACUGCAAGUUCUUCAUGUGGGGCAUGGAGGUGGAGAAAGUGGCCCAAAUAGCGUGUUGUCAAUGGGAGAAACCAUGUUGUCGUCAAUGGGAGAAACCAAGCCAGCAAUUGAGGUGGAGGAAGCAACUUCCCCUGAAGACAAUGUCUAUUUCGGAACUACCAGUGAUGAUUCUGAUAUUGUUACACUUGAACCACCUAAGCUGGAAGAAAUGGGGAGCCAGGAAGUUGUCAAUAAAGAGUUGCCCAGCUCAGAUGACUUUAACAUGGGUUCUUCCUCCAGCAGCCAGUAUACCUUCUGCCAACCAGAGCCCGAAAGGUGGUGGGAGAAGCUCUGGAAGAUUCCUGAAUGCAUAAGGGGAUGGGAUGAUCAGCUGAAGCUCCGUGUUCCUAGCCAGCUCGCUCUCCAAGUCUUUUCAUCUCAGCCGAGUGGUGAGGAAUCCAGUAGUGAUGACACCAGCCAUGAGCCCAGCCCUGCCCCUCGACGCCGGCGCAACAGAAAGAAGACCAUUUCUAUCUCAGAGUCUGAGGAGCCACUACUUGCCGAGCCAGCAGAUGAGCCCUCCCAAGAGCCAAGCAAACGCCACUUUGGUGGUGGUCUCAACAAGUGUGUUAUUCUGGCCUUGGUGAUUGCUGUGAGCAUGGGAUUUGGACAUUUCUAUGGCACAAUUCAGAUUCAGAAGCGUCAGCAGUUAGUCAGCACGAUCCACGGAGAGGAGCGGAGUGCUGGGAAGGGUCAUCUCUCGCAAUGCCAGCAGGAACAAGUGUCUUUUCUAGAUUUCAAGUUAUUGGAAGAAAACCUUGAGAGGUGUUGGACUGUUACUGAAGCGGAGAAAGUUACCUUUGAAGCGCAGAAGAAUAAUCUUGCUGCAGAAAACCAGCACUUACGAAUGUCUCUGGAGAAGGAAGAGAAAGCCCUGUCUGUAUUACAAGAAGAGCUACGGCAACUAAGGGCGCAGAUAAGAUUGUUGGAGGAUAAAAGCACAAGUGCUCAGUUAGUUAGGGAGAACCAGGUUCUUAAGCAGGACUUAGACGUGGAAAAACAGAAGACAAAUAGCUUCGUGACUGAAAGGGAGACUCUCUUGGAGGAAGCAAAGACGCUGAAGAGAGACCUGGAGAGGGAGCGGCUCACAGCGAUGGCUCUGCGGGCAGAACUUGAGCACAGGGCCCAGGGCCGCGCAGACUCUGGCGGUGUGCAGGCUGAGGGGAAGGAGAUGGUGCUGCUGCAGCAGAGGCUUGCUGAGCUGGAGCACAAGCUGAGCUUUGAGCAGCAGCGUUCUGACUUGUGGGAACGACUGUAUGUUGAGGCAAAGGGCCAACAUGGAAAGCAGGAAACGGACGGGAGGAGGAGAGGGAGCAAGGGAGACCACAGGGCAAAGAGCAAGUCCAAGGAGACAUUUCUGGGCACAGUUAAGGAAACAUUUGAUGCUAUGAAGAAUUCUACCAAGGAGUUUGUGAGACACCAUAAAGAAAAAAUCAAGCAGGCGAAAGAAGCUGUGAAGGAAAAUCUGAAGAAGUUCUCAGAUUCAGUCAAAUCCACUUUCCGGCAGUUCAAAGACACCACCAAGAAUAUCUUUGAUGAAAAGGGCAGUAAGAGACCCGGGGCAGCCGAAAAGCCAAGAGCAGCUUACGGUCAUUCCUCAUACUCACAGCCCAAGGCACCGAACCAAAACCAGAACUGCAGAGGCCCUGCCACACAGAGGGACAGAGGAAGAGAGAAGCCCAGCCACUCCGAAGAAAUGAGAAAAAAUGCAAAUUCAUAUCCGUACAGGGCCAAGUUUGACUGCAGAGACACCCAUUCUACCAGUAGGGGUUGUUCAGAACGUGCUGGGCAAGAGUCCGCUGGCCCCGUCAGCACAGCACGUUGUGUCAGGAUAAAUGACUUCAGGCAGCUGAUCCAGUGGUACUUACUGACUGAGCUGGACACCUUUCACCACUGGAAAGAGCUGGAUCAGUUCAUCAACCCGUUUUUCCCCCAUGGUGUCUUUACACACGACCAGAAACUCUUCGCAGACUUCAUCGACGCCGUGAAAGGUUACCUUAAGGGCAUAAAGGAGUAUCAAGUCCAAGACGACAGUUUGGAGAAGUUGGACGGCUAUGUGUACAGACACUUUGGGCACCUUUUCGCCCUUCCAUUCGGACCCAGUCGACCUGAUAAAAAGCAGCGUACGGUAAAUAUUGAAAACUCCAGGCACCGAAAACAAGAGCAGAAGCACCUUCAUCCACAGCCUUAUAGAGGGGAAGGUAAAUGGCACAAACACAGUCGCGCUAACGGAAGACACACGGCAAACCUUGAGAUAGAAUUGGGGCAGUUACCUUUUGAUCCUAAAUACUGAUUCAUAAUUAAGUUAAAUUAGGAAACUAAGAGAUGUAGAUGCGUUCUACUUUGGUGUUGAAAUUAAGAAAUCACCGUGACUGUCUUUAUAUUAUGCAAAAGCAGAGCUUACUAACUUGCAUUUUCCUGUAGCUUAGGUUUGUUAAAAACAAA